AUGGAUUUUACAACUAAUCAUAAGUCACUUAUCAUGGUGCUUGUGUUAAUGAUAAAAAUUUUGGUAGAUGGGAUUUAUUCUUUAAAGGGGAAUAUGAAGAAGAAUUUAAGAAGAUGUAAAAUUUAAUUAUAAAUAUUAUUCAAAAAUAUUUUAGUGGUUGUGGCUAAUAUGCUUAAUGAAGGUAAUGAGAUUAGGGUUGGGAGAUGGACUGAGUUGAGCAAUGGAUUUAAGGAUGAUUCAUAAGUGACUUAAAAAAGGCGAAUAAUUAAAUUGUAAAAAAGUUGGUAAAUUGGAUUCUUAUUUGAAAAUUUAUGAG